AUGGAGGCACCCUGUGGCUUCCCACUGCUGGUUGAAGGCUCCUGGGGUGCAGUGCCCCCAAAGAACUUGAGCACCAAAUUGCAGCUGUACUUCCAGAGCUCCAAGAAGUCAGGAGGAGGCGAGUGUGAGGUCCAUCAGGAGCCCGGGAAUCCUCCCCACUUUCUGGUGGUUUUCUUCCCAGAGGAUGUUCGACAGAGAGUUCUGGAAAGAGAGAAUCACGAGUUGGUAUUCCCAGGAAAAGGAACAUUUAAGUUAAGUGUCAAGUUGCCCACAGCCCCAGAGAAAGCCCAUAAAGCUGCUGAGAGGGACAUUCCAAGACAUGAAUCCAAAGACCAUGUUCAACAAUCAGGUGUGUUAGAAGAACCGAAAGAUACUCUAUUGGUUGCAUUUGAAAAUCUCAAGGAUAGCGUGACUGAUAUGAUGUUAAAGUUGUUAGUGGAGAAUAUAAGUGGUUUGUCCAGUGAUGAAUUUGAAGUAGAAGCAAUACGAGAUUUUGAUGUUGCUGUGGUUACUUUUAAAAAACAUAUAGAUGUCAUGAAAUUUGUUGGUGAUUGUGCCAAGCAUCCCGGUGUGAAGCAGCUGAAGCUGUCUGCAAGACUUCUGGAAGUGACAAAAACUAUCAGGGUUGAAAACCUGCCAUCUGGUGUAGAUGACCAUCAUUUAAAAAUCUUUUUUGAAAAUCCUCAGAAUGGAGGGGGGAAAGUUGUGAAUAUUGAAUGUUUUCCUGAAGAGAACUCUGCUUUCAUUGAAUUUUUUGAUAGAAAAGUCCUAGACACCAUCAUCACCAGGAAACUUGACUUCAAUAAUGUGCCUCUCUGUGUGUUCCCAUAUUACAAUUCUUUGGGCACCACUUUGUAUGGAAAGAAGAAACCUCUGAUCACAUUACCAGCACCAUUCAAAGAAACCUUGGCUCUCCCAGUGUGGAAAUUCCUACAGACAAAGAAUCACCUGAUUGAGGAGAUAAAUGAAGAAAUGAGACAAUAUCACUGUGAGCUAACCUGGCCCAAAGUCAAUGGGGAAGUUACCAUCAGACCUGUGGCCUCCCUACUCAGUCAAGGGAGAAACCAAAUCCAGACCUGGAAGAAAGACACUUCCACAGCAUUCAAUGAAAUAAAGUCUAAAUACAAAGUCACCUCAUUUGAAUUGGAUAAAACAGUGUGGAGCAGGAUCAAAAAUGAUUUACAUGAUACUAGAUUUUUGGUUGAGUUCAAUGCAGUUAUGAAAGUCCUAAAUGUAGUGGGAAAAUCAGAGGACAUACAAAAAUUUGAGCGAGAAGUCAAUGAAUUAAAAGAAGUCACCAAUAAAAAAAUUGAGAGAGAGAAGCAAAGUGUACAGGAAAAAAUGGUCAUUUCACCAGGAAAGUAUUAUCUUUUGUGCCACAGUGGUGUGCUGAAGCAUCUCUGCACUGAAUGUCCAGAGGUGGAGAUGUUUUAUGAUGAAGCCACUCAACACAUGUGCUUAAAAGGACUCCUUGCUGAUGUGUAUAAAAUAAAGUGUGACAUCUUGGAGAAGGUCCUUGCUAUGGUUCAGAAAAGCCUUCAGGUAUCCCCUGAGGUCUUUCAGUUUUUGCAGGAGGCAGACUGUGCAGAGUUCUCUAAGUCUCUUUUCAUAGCACAGAAAAUUCUUACAGUUUAUGAGUUGGAGGCAGCCACUGUUCUCUUAACCAGCUGCUCUCCUGGAGCACUUAUUGAAGCUGAAAAGAAAAUGGUUAGUGCUUUAACUUCUAAGCACAUAGAUGUUGAGGACAAUAAAGUCCUCAGUGACAAGAAAUGGAAAGAACUCACCAGCAGUUUGUCAAAGAAAUAUAACUCUUCCUCAAGGACUGUCUUCAUCAAUGAGUUAACUUCAAGACUCACCACUGAGGUGGUCAUAACAGGCUAUGUGAGAGAAGUAAAUGAAGUCCAUGGCUCACUUUCUGACUUUCUGGAAACACACACACAAAUAGAGCAGUUUGUUGAAGUAAAGACUGUCUUAGUUCUUCAUUACUUAAAGAAUGAAAUGAACCAUUUAUGGCAAAAGGUUAAAAAAGCAAAUGUGCAGGUAAUUUUCAAUCCUGAGUACAAACAAAACAGCAUUUUACUAAUUGGCCCCAAAACCAAGGUCCUGGAGGCAGUGAAUCAUGUCACACAAGCCCGGGACUCUGUCUGUGUUAAAAGCAUUCAUAUUGAUAAGCCAGGAGUCGGGCAGUUCUUCCGGGAUAAUGCACAGGCUUAUCAAAGUCAAGUCAGAAAUUUAUGUGGCUGUUUUUUUGAACUAAAGAGUGAAGUAAAAGCAGGUGGUGGCUCUGAUGGGCCAAAGUGCUUCUCUAGGACAACUUUGCCCUCUGGAGUCUCCCUGAUUGUGCAGCAGGGUAACCUGACUCAGUUUCCUGUGGAAGUGGUGGUGAAUUCAGCUAAUGAGGAUCUCAAGCAUAUUGGGGGGCUUGCUGCUGCUCUUUUAAAAGCAGCAGGUCCUGAGCUCCAAGCAGACUGUGACCAGAUAGUGAAGACAAAGGGCAAGAUCCUCCCUGGCAGUGCCACCAUCUCCAAAGCAGGCAAACUCCCAUACCGUCAUGUGAUCCAUGCAGUGGGGCCCCAGUGGACGCAAUAUGAGGCUCAGAAGUGUGUGGACCAGUUAAAGAGAACUGUGGAGGAGUGCCUUCAUUUGGCUGAGGAACACAAGUACCAGUCUAUCGCCAUUCCUGCCAUUAGUUCUGGAAUCUAUGGUUUUCCCUUACCCCAGUGUGUGGAGACCAUUGUCUUGGCUCUCAAGGACAAAUUCCAAAAGAAGUCAGAUGGACACACCUUAAAAGAGAUUUACCUUGUGGAUACAGCUGAGAAGUCUGUUGAAGCCUUUGAUGAGGCUGUGAAAAUGCUAUUUAAAGAAUCCCUGCCUGAAUCAGCUUCCCUGCCCAGUUUACCAGUAACCAAACAGCCUCACAUGGGAAAAGAUGAUGGAAACAGAGGAAUUCUUUUGACCCCAGAAGGUCUGAGAGUCCUGCUGGUGAAAGGAGAUGUGCAGAAUGCUGUGACGGAUGUUGUUGUCAACUCCAUUCCCUCGGAUCUUGCACUUAACAGAGGGCCACUUUCUCAAGCCCUCUUGAACAAAGCUGGACCAAAGCUCCAGGAGGAAUUGAACACACUUGGACAAGCAGUGACUGUUCACCCAGGAACCAUUCUCCAGACCAGUGGUUACAAUCUGCACUGCAGCCAUGUACUUCACGUGGUAGCUCCAUUCUGGAGUGAGAAUAGCACAUCUGCACACCAGAUCAUGGAAGUCAUAAUCAGAAAAUGUCUGGACAUCACCAAGAAUUUGUCUUUAAAGUCAGUUACAUUUCCAGCAAUUGGAACUGGAACAUUGGGAUUUCCAAAAUCUAUUUUUGCUAAAUUAAUCAUUUCAGAGGUGUUCAAAUUUAGUAGUGAGUAUCAAACAACAACCCUACAAGAGGUUCACCUUAUGCUGCACCAAAAUGAUCAUGAGAAUAUUCAGGUAUUCUCAGAUGAAUUUUCCCAAAGGACUAAUGGAAAUUCCUCCAGUGACAAAAUUUCCCAGGUUGAAGACACACAGGGAUUCUAUGGAACUGUUUCCAGUCCUUGCACUGGCAUGUAUGAAAUGAAGAUUGGUUCCAUCAUUUACCAGGUAGCCACUGGAGAUAUUAUUAAUGAAGAGACAGAUGUGAUUGUAAAUUCAACAUCAAGGACAUUUGAUCAUAAAGCAGGAGUUUCCAAAGCAAUUUUAGAGGGCGCUGGGAAAUAUGUAGAAAUGCAAUGUCUUUUACAAGCUGGACAGGGCAACCGUGAUUAUAUUGUUACUGUUGGUGGAUUAUUGAAGUGUAAGAAUAUUAUUCAUGUUGUUGGUGGAAAUGAUGUCAAGAAAUCUGUUACUAGUGUUUUGCAAGAGAGUAAUAAACGCAAUUAUUCUUCUAUUUGUCUCCCAGCCAUAGGAACAGGACGUGCCAAACAAAAUCCAGAUAAGGUUGCUGAAGCCAUAAUUGAUGCUAUUGAAGACUUUAUCCAGAAAGAUUCCAUCCACUCUGUGAAAACAGUUAAAGUUGUUAUCUUUCGGCCUCCAUUACUGAAUGUGUUUUAUGACAAAAUGAAAAAAAAAGGAUCCUUUGAUUCUUGUCAACAGUCCAUGAUAUCUAAAACUUCAUCACUUUUGAGUGAUGUAAGCCAAUCUCCCAAGAAACAAUGUUCUUUGGUUUUGGAAGAGAAAAGAGAAUCAACAUUUUUUCUGGUAUGUGGUAGCAAUGCAAAAUUAGUGGAAGAUGCCCUUUACUACAUACAGGAUGUGAUUGAAAGAAAUCAGUGUUCUUACACCAGUGAAGAUGAGUGUAUCAAAGACUUUGAUGAAAAAGAAUACCAGGAAUUGAAUGAUAUACAAACAAAGUUGAAUAUUGCCAUUUCCUUGGACACUAAAAAACCUUCAAUAAAGGUAUUGGGAUUUGGAGAUGUAACACAUGCCAAAAAGAAAAUUGAGGAAAUGAUCAAAAGCAAAAGAGGUAGAUCAGCCAAAGAACAGGAAUUUUGGGCAGAGUGUAUCAAUGAAUUUGUAGAAUGGCAAUAUGAUGCCAAUAAUAUGUUUCAUAGUUUUGAUAAAAUAACCAAUCUGCUGUUGGAGGAGGCCAGAAGAACAAACAGAAAGACAAUUGAGGUCAAAAUUAAUCAUCAACUCUACAAAGUGGACUUGAACACAUACACUGCUACAGGUGCACAGGGACACACACUGCAGGUUAAACGCCUCACAAAAUUUGAAGUAGAAAUUCCUGCACACUGGAGAGAUAUGAAUCAGCAGAAUGUUCUUGUGGUCUCACUCCAGCCUUCAGAUCCAGAGUACAUGACUGUGGCAAGCAAGUUUAAUCAGACCUGUGUAAACUUCAAAAUAGAGAAGAUUGAGAGAAUUCAGAAUACCAUUCUCUGGAAUAGCUACCAGACACAGAAAAAAACCAUGGAUGCCAAGAAUGGCCAAAUAGCAAAUGAGAAGCAGCUCUUUCAUGGGACAGAUGCUGACUCAGUGCCAUUCGUCAAUACAAUGGGCUUUAAUCGCAGUUAUGCUGGAAAGCAUGCUGUAAAAUAUGGAAAAGGAACAUAUUUUGCUGUCAAUGCCAGUUAUUCAGCAAAUGAUCUAUACUCCAGACCAGACAUAAAUGGGAAAAAGCAUAUGUAUUAUGUCCGAGUACUUACUGGAAUGUACACACGUGGAGAUAAGUCAUUACUUGUGCCUCCUCCAAAGAACUCUGAAAAUCCUACUGACCUGUAUGACACUGUCACAGAUAAUGUACAAAAUCCUAGUUUAUUUGUGGUAUUUUAUGACUAUCAAUCUUACCCAGAGUACCUCAUCACAUUUAAACAGUAACAUGUUGAUAUCCAUUGCAGAA